AUGAUGGAAGAUCGGAAGAGUGCAGCUUCCAUUGGGGAGCUUGGUCUUAGAUCCUUAGCACAACACGGGAAUCAGGUUGUGGACAAGACAGGGAGUCCGUGGAAGAACCUGGAGACCUAUUCCUACAACAAGUACCACCCCAUGGAGGAGAUCUAUCUGUGGAUGAGCCAGAUCAGUGAGAAGCAUGCAGAAGUGGUGACACAGCAUCUCCUGGGAAUGACAUUUGAGAACAGGCCCAUGUAUUACCUGAAGAUCAGCCAACCAUCAGAUAACCCCAAGAAGAUCAUUUGGAUGGACUGUGGAAUUCAUGCCAGAGAAUGGAUUGCCCCUGCUUUUUGUCAAUGGUUUGUGAAAGAAAUUCUACAAAACUAUAAAGAUAAUCCAAGAAUAAACAGGUUCCUUAGGAAUCUGGACUUCUAUGUGCUUCCAGUUCUUAACAUAGAUGGCUACAUCUACUCGUGGACAACUGAUCGUCUUUGGAGGAAAUCCCGUUCAUCCCACAAUAAUGGCACAUGUUUUGGAUCGGAUCUCAAUCGAAAUUUCAAUGUGUCCUGGUGUAGUAUUGGUGCUUCCAAAAACUGCCAAGAUUUAACAUUCUGUGGGACAGAACCAGUGUCUGAACCAGAGAUUAAAGCUGUCUCCGGCUUUGUAGAAAGCAAGAAGGAAGACAUUUUGUGCUUCUUGACCAUCCACUCUUACGGGCAGCUCAUCCUCACUCCGUAUGGCUACACCAAAAAUAAACCAAGUAACCACGAAGAACUGAUUCGAGUUGGACAGAAGGCAGCCAAUGCAUUGAAAGCAAAGCAUGGAAUCAAUUAUAGAGUUGGAUCGAGUGCAGAUAUUUUAUAUCCCACAUCAGGGUCUUCAAGAGACUGGGCUCGAGACAUCGGGAUCCCCUUCUCAUACACAUUUGAGCUGAGAGACAAUGGUACCGAGGGGUUUCUUCUGCAUGAAACUCAGAUCCAGCCCACCUGUGAGGAGGCCAUGGAGGCUGUGCUCUCAAUGCUGGAUGAUGUGUAUGCAAAAUACUGGCUCUCCAACACUGCUACAAAGGUGACAUCUACCACUGUGUUGCUGAACCUGCUGUGGCUUUUCACAUCUCUUCUCUAAGUGCGUCCUACUCAGGCCUGCUCAGCACCAGUGAUGUAGAUGUGGUUAGAGGGAAGAUGUGUGCAGUUUUAGAGAAACCAAAACUCUAAACUAUAAACACCUAAUUCAAUAAAGAACAAACAUAUUUGCAUUUAGUAUUAUUUUACUGGUAAUUAAUUUUUAUUAAUCUACAAGAGUUUGUUAUUAGGUUGCUGCAAUAAUGAUGCAAACCCCUCUAAAACUCAGCAAUAUACACAUCUAUAGGCCAGCAAGGAAGUGCUGCCAUCUUGGCUGUGCUCAUUACGUGUCUAUGGUGACUGCCCAGGCAGCUGGUUGAACUUUGAAAGGCUAACUCUUUCAGCUGGUCUGGCAUAGCCUCAGCUGGGAUGAGGAACAAUAGCUAUGUUCGAUGUAUCUUCUCCUUCAGAAAGUUAGUCCAGGCCUGUCCUCAUGGCUAUAGUGAAGGAGAAAGCAAAAGGAGAGCAUGUGCCAGUGUGCAGGCACUUUUCUGCAUCCAUCAUAUUUGCUAACAUCUCAUUGGCCAAAGGAAGGCACAAGGGGUAAAAAAAAAAAAAAAAAAAAAAAAAGCACAAUGCAAGGAAUGAAAAUCUAAGGGUCAUCAAUGAAAUUACUCUAUCUGGUGUUUAGUGCCAUACCCUUGAACUUCACUAGUUUAGCAUUUACAGUUGGGAUGACUGAGUUGAAUUGGAUGAUUCAACUAGGUUAUUAUGAGUCUUAUCCCGCUUUUAACCUUGAAAAGUCUGUGAG